UGCAACUCUUCUUCCCAUUUCUUCGCCGUAAACUAAUCCUCCAUUUACGCCCAAUCCGCAAGUCCCACUUCGUUGUCCAUUUUCCUACUCCGACAUUUUUUUUUCUUGGGAAUUCUCUAUCAAUUUGGGAAUAUCGAUUUCGACAUGAGCAGGAGGAAGAAGGUUAAUGCGCCCCGGAAUCUCUCUUUGCCGGUGUUCCUCGUUGUGCUCGUCUUGAUCAGCUUCUCGCGGCGCGUUGCUUGUGACCAGGACGAGGACGAGGACGAUGACAACGGAGGGUACGACAAUCCAGCUGCGCAACAACUAUUCACGCAGCUUUUCUUCAAACGCAUCUCCAAUUUCACGUCCAUCUUCAAGGAAGACAUCACCAAAAACUUCGGUUUUUGCAUAACGGACGUGGAUGCUGAUUGGAAUGGGGCAUUCAAUUUCUCAAAAAAUACGGGAUUCAUAUCCGCUUGUGCUAGAAAGACUAAAGGAGAUCUCGCACAGCGAUUGUGCACAGCAGCAGAAGUAAGGUUCUACUUCAGUAGUUUCUUCACGAGCAUAUCAUCGAAGAAAACCAAUUACUUGAAACCUAACAAGAACUGUAAUUUGUCCUCGUGGGUUUCUGGAUGUGAGCCUGGGUGGGCUUGUAGUGCUGGUUCACAGAAAGUUGACCUGAAGAAUACAAAGAACAUUCCUGCUAGAACUACUGAUUGUGCAGCUUGCUGUGAGGGUUUCUUCUGCCCCAAUGGUAUUACUUGCAUGAUACCUUGCCCAUUGGGUGCUUACUGCCCACUUGCAAAACUCAACAAAACUACUGGUGUUUGUGAGCCAUACCGAUAUCAGCUGCCUCCUGGGAAGCAAAACCAUACUUGUGGGGGAGCUGAUGUUUGGGCUGAUAUCUUGAGUAGUAGUGAGCUAUUCUGUUCAGAAGGAUCGUAUUGUCCAUCCACUGUGCAGAAAAUUCCUUGCAGUAAAGGACAUUACUGCAGGACCGGCUCAACAUCUCAACAACAAUGUUUCAGGAUGGCAACUUGUGAGCCAAAAUCAGAAAAUCAGAAUAUUACUGCAUAUGGUGUCAUGCUUUUUGCUGGGUUAAGUUUCCUGCUUAUCAUUAUAUAUAACUGCUCCGACCAAGUUCUUGCAACUCGAGAGAAAAGACAAGCAAAAUCUCGGGAAAAAGCAGUUCAAAGCGUAAGAGAAACAGCACAAGCACGUGAAAAAUGGAAGUCUGCAAAAGAUAUUGCUAAGAAGCAUGCAAUUGGAUUCCAAACACAACUAUCCCGAACAUUUUCUCGCAGAAAAUCUCUCAUGCAGUCAGAGAUGGUAAAAGGUCUGGGACAUGCUAAACCUGGAAUGGAUGCUGCCUUGUCGCCUAUGACGAUGAGUGGUCCAGGUGCAGCUCAGGAAUCACAUGGAGGAUCGAAGGGAAAGAAAAAGGAAAACAGCAACCUCACAAAGAUGCUAAAUUCAAUUGAACAAGAUCCUGAUAGCCAUGAAGGCUUCAAUCUGGAGAUAGGAGAUAAAAAUAUCAAAAAGCAUGCACCAAAGGGUAAGCAGUUACAUACUCAGAGCCAAAUGUUCAGAUAUGCAUAUGGUCAGAUUGAGAAGGAAAAGGCUUUACAAGAGCAGAAUAAGAACUUGACCUUCUCUGGGAUUAUUUCGAUGGCUACUGAUGUUGAAAUUAGGAAGAGACCUACAAUCGAGGUUGCUUUUAAGGAGCUGACCCUCACUUUGAAAGGUAAAAACAAACAUCUAUUGAGGUGUGUGACUGGGAAAAUAUUACCUGGCCGAGUUUCAGCCGUCAUGGGUCCUUCCGGGGCUGGAAAAACAACAUUUCUUUCUGCUUUGGCUGGGAAGGCAACUGGUUGCACCAUGAGUGGUAUGAUUCUCAUAAAUGGAAAGAUGGAAUCAAUACACUCAUACAAGAAAAUCAUUGGUUUUGUGCCACAAGAUGAUAUUGUGCAUGGGAACUUAACGGUAGAGGAAAAUCUUUGGUUUAGUGCAAGCUGCAGACUCUCCGCCAAUCUCCCCAAAGUAGAAAAGGUUCUGGUUGUUGAAAGAGUCAUUGAGGCCUUGGGGUUGCAGACUGUGAGGGAUUCUCUUGUUGGGACAGUGGAGAAGCGAGGAAUCUCUGGUGGCCAAAGGAAAAGAGUAAAUGUUGGGCUGGAAAUGGUCAUGGAACCUUCGCUUUUAAUUUUAGAUGAACCCACAUCUGGUUUAGACAGUUCUUCUUCUCAAUUACUACUUAGAGCACUUAGACGUGAGGCUCUUGAAGGAGUAAAUAUUUGCAUGGUUGUCCACCAACCAAGCUACACCUUGUUCAGGAUGUUUGAUGAUUUGAUACUUCUAGCUAAAGGUGGUCUUACAGUGUAUCAUGGAUCAGUUAAGAAAGUUGAAGAAUACUUUUCCAGUCUUGGGAUUACUGUCCCUGAGCGUGUUAAUCCUCCAGACUACUACAUUGACAUUCUGGAGGGAAUUGUAAAACCGAGUACAAGCACAGGUGUAAAUUACAAGCAACUUCCUGUUAGAUGGAUGCUCAAUAAUGGGUACCCAGUUCCCAUGGAUAUGCUACAGAGUGUUGAUGGAAUGGCAGCCGCAAGUGGUGAAAAUUCUAAUCAUGGAGCAAACGCAUUAGAUACUGGAUCAGAUGCACAGUCUUUUGCUGGAGAAUUUUGGCAGGAUGUGAAGUGUAACGUUGAGCUGCGAAAGGACAAAAUACAACAUAAUUUCUUAAAAUCGUAUGACUUAUCGGACAGGAAUGCCCCUGGUGUAUUCCAGCAAUACAGAUACUUCCUUGGAAGGCUUGGUAAGCAACGGCUACGAGAUGCAAGGACACAAGCUGUAGACUUUUUAAUUUUAUUGCUGGCAGGAAUCUGCUUAGGCACACUUGCCAAAGUGAGUGACAAAACAUUUGGAACACUCGGCUAUACAUACACCGUCAUAGCAGUUUCUCUUCUUUGCAAGAUUGCCGCUUUGAGAACGUUUGCAUUGGAUAAGUUGCAUUACCGGAGAGAGAGUUCUUCUGGCAUAAGUAGCCUAGCUUACUUUCUUGCAAAGGAUACAAUUGACCAUUUGAAUACCAUCAUCAAGCCUCUGGUUUAUCUCUCUAUGUUCUAUUUCUUCAACAAUCCUCGAUCAUCUGUCACGGACAAUUACAUUGUUUUAGUAUGUCUGGUUUACUGCGUAAACGGUAUAGCUUAUGCUUUCGCAAUAUUUCUGGAACCUAGUCCAGCACAACUGUGGUCAGUGCUUCUUCCUGUUGUUUUAACACUCAUAGCAACCUACACUAGCACUAACAAAAUUGUGGACUUUCUAGCUAACUUGUGCUACACUAAGUGGGCUCUGGAAGCUUUUGUAAUUGCAAAUGCUAAAAGAUAUUCUGGAGUGUGGCUAAUAACACGCUGCGGUUCACUCAUGAGUAGUGGCUAUGAUCUUAAUCAUUGGUAUCGAUGUUUGGUCUUCCUUGUCCUUACCGGAGCACUAAGUCGGGCUGUUGCAUUCUUUUGUAUGGUAACCUUCCAAAAGAAGUAAAUUCGGCCAGUCUUAGAUUACUGUACCAAGACUAGUCUUUCCUUGGAAGUUAGUCCCAUAUAGAUCUCGAGGAUUCUUAGAAGAAGACAGAAGAGACUUUCCUUAAAACUUUUGUUCUCAGAGAACAGUAUCUUUAUCAUGAAACACUCUCAAUCAUUGUUGAGAGUUAGGAUUUGGGAUUGCUGCAGUGGUGCAGACUGCAGAGGAAAGAAGGGAGCAAAUGUUAGUGCCAAGCACUCAAAUUUCACACCGAGACUUGCUGGAUAUUUUAUAUGCUCCAGAAGUGCAGAUCUAUUUUGUCUAUAGCAAUACUAUUAUUCAUCCUAAAUUUUUUCAUCCCAUAUUGUGUCUGGUGAUGUUGCAAAUUUAAGUGGUUGGUUGUCCAUCUAACUAGUAUUGACAUUUAAAGCCACUCAAAAUGUAUCGUAUCAUCCGAUUUGAUUUGAUAUGACGAUCCAAGAAUGAGGAACAGUAUUUCUCUUUUGUUUAUUA